GAUUCUUUAUUUGACUUCUAGAAUAACACUGAAAUUGAAUCAUCGUAUUGGUCGAAUUUUUAAUUAAAAUAAAAACAUCCAGGUUCUCUCUUUCUCUGCAGUUGCAUCCUCACACACACUCUUAAAAACAAUCCUCUAACCAAAUUCAAUCUCAUCAUAGUCAUAGCAAUGGAGAAUCACAAGAGUUUCUUCACUUACAUUGACCAUAAAUUCAGCGAUUCAAGUCUCAACUUUGAUUCCUCUGCUUUCAGCGAUUGUAACAGUGACAGAUCCUGCGACUUUCCAACAACUUCCUCCGAGAGCCGUCAACCAAAACUCUUCCUCUCUUGCGCCGUUGAUAAUUCCGAUGAUUUGAUUCGAUGUCUCAUAACACAUCUUGAGUCAUCUUCUUCUUCGAUCGAGGAACAGAAGCAAGCUGCUAUGGAGAUUAGACUCUUAUCAAAGAACAAACCAGAGGAACGUAACAAAAUCGCUAAAGCCGGUGCGAUUAAACCGUUGGUUUCUUUGAUCUCGUCUUCCGAUCUUCAGCUUCAGGAGUAUGGAGUCACUGCGGUUUUGAAUCUAUCUAUCUGCGAUGAGAACAAAGAGAUGAUUAUUUCUUCCGGUGCGAUUAAACCGCUCGUUAAUGCGUUGCGGUUAGGAACACCGACGACGAAAGAGAACGCUGCUUGUGCUCUGCUUCGGUUAUCGCAAUUGGAGGAUAACAAAAUCGCGAUCGGAAGAUCUGGAGCGAUUCCUUUACUAGUGAAUCUUCUAGAAAAUGGCGGAUUCAGAGCAAAGAAAGACGCGUCGACGGCGUUGUACUCGUUGUGUUCGACGAACGAGAACAAAAUCAGAGCUGUGGAAUCUGGGAUUAUGAAGCCGUUGGUGGAGUUGAUGGCGGAUUUUGAAUCGGAGAUGGUUGAUAAAUCGGCGUUUGUUAUGAAUUUGUUAAUGUCGGUGCCGGAAUCGAAGCCGGCGGUGGUUGAGGAAGGAGGAGUUCCGGUGCUUGUGGAGAUUGUUGAAGCGGGAACACAGAGACAGAAGGAGAUGAGUGUGUCGAUAUUGUUGCAGCUUUGUGAAGAGAGUGUUGUGUAUCGAACCAUGGUGGCUCGUGAAGGAGCGGUUCCUCCGCUCGUGGCUUUAUCGCAGAGUAGUAGUGCGAGUCGUGGUGCUAAGGUAAAGGCUGAGGCGUUGAUAGCGCUCCUUAGGCAACCAAGACAACAACAACAACACUUUGAAUCCACCGACAACGAGAGAUAACACUUUGAUUUGGGCUUUUUAUUAAUGGGCCUUUGUAGAACAUGUUUCAUCACAUCUCUUGUUAAUUAAUGGACGGGAUAAGUUGAGCAUAUUCAAGUGUAUAUGAUCGAUGGACAAUUAAACAUGUCGAUGUGUUUUGCAUCAAAGUUGCAUUACUUGCGUAGAAUCUA